CUGGCUGGCUUGUAGGGGGACUUAGGAAGGUGCUAGCAAGAGGCAAGAUGCUCCAAAAGAUGUUGACAAACUUGAGAAAGUCGGAACUGUCAGCGAUACACAUGGAGAUGGCGGAAAUAAUUGCUAACGCCUCUCGGGUGCCGGUAAAUGAGCAUGAUUUGAUGCGAGCUCUGGACGAGCUCAGACAGCGAGCGACAUAUGUGACAUUACCGGCACUUAGGGAGACGGUGAAUCGGAAUAAAAUCUCGUGGCUGAUAAGAGGAGACAGAAUGAAUGCAGCUUUCUUUCGGCAACGUACACGAAAAACAUCUCCCUCUCUGAUGUUUUCCAUGCGUCACCCAUGGGAUGCCGAACAGCCGGUGGCAAAGGACACGGCCGCUAUACUGCAGAAUGUGGCCUUAUUUUAUGAACAUCUCCUGGCGUCCCAGGCACAGCAUACGGAACAAGAACUGCUGCAUGACUUCGCGGAUACAGUGUGGGCAGCGCUUGGUCCAAAACUGUCACCCCCUGCAGCACAGAAACUGGAUCGCAAAAUAGAAAUGGAGGAAGUUCAUCUAGCACUGACGGCUUUGCCACCACACAAAGUGCCAGGCCAGGACGGUCUCCCUCUUCUAUUUUUUACGAAACAUCAGAUGCGCUUGCUGCCGGAACUCACCGUGGUAUUGCAGUCUGUGUUCGAAGGGGGGGUGCCUCCGGUGGAAAUGGUCACAGGUAUAGUGACAUUUAUCUACAAGAAAGGAGACAGAGCUGAUGUGAGAAAUUGGAGACCGAUUACAUUGAUGCCAGUGCUAUACAAAGUUCUAUCCAAAAUCUUGGCUCAGCGAUUGCAACCGGUGUUGCCCUCGCUGAUUCAUGCAUCUCAGACCGGUUUCCUGAAAGACAGGCAAAUAUUGUUUAAUAUAAUGACGGUCGAACAGAUCAUGGAACUGGUUUCCGCAGGUGAGUCUUCCACAGCAAUACUUCUGAUUGACUUAGAAAAGGCGUACGAUAGAGUGGGAUGGGAAUUCCUUCAAGCAGCCAUGACGGUUUUCGGUUUUGGGGAGCGAUUUAGACACGCGGUGUGUGCACUGCACACAGGGGCCGUCUCAAGACUAACAAUCAACGGAAAGCUCUCCCCCCCCAUUCACUUGGGGCGCUCUGUGCGGCAGGGUUGCCCAAUGGCGCCCUAUCUGUACCUCAUUUAUGUCGCAGUGAUGCAUGCGAUGAUCAGAGCCAACCCGCAAGUACCAGGAUUUCCAUUGCCAUCAGGAGAUUUCAUCAAAACUGAGUCAUUUGCUGAUGAUUCGGUGGCGUUUUUGCCGGUUCAAGAUGAAGCAUUUCAAGAGCUCAAAAACACCAUCUCCCUCUUCUGCCACGUCUCGCAAGCGAGAGUGAACUGGGAGAAGUCAUCUUUGUUCAUUCCACCACAGGCCGUGCCACCCCAGAACUGGGGCUUGAGAGUUGUCACGCCGGCGCAGCACGACCGACUAUUGGGCCACCGAAUUUCUUUUGUGCCGGAUUUGAUGACAGACGCAUCGACUGCAGUAGAAACGGUGAAGAAAGCACUCGCCCCUUGGGUGAGACAGAAAGGAGUUAGCCUGUUUGGUAGGUCGUUGGUGUUGAACAACGCAGUGUUCUCGACAAUAUGGUAUCAAAGAGCGCUGCGUCAAUUGGAUGCCCCUGCUCAGCGCGCCAUCAAAACUCUAGCUGGCCAUUACUUGUGGAAAGAAGACAUUUCAUCGACCACAUUCUUGCCAAAAGUCGCUUGGGAAGUUGUGACACAACCGAAAAGAUCAGGUGGAUUGGCAAUCUUGGACCCAGCUUGUCAAGUCACGGCGUUGUUAUCUAGAUGGGUCCCUUGGGCGAUUUUGCAAGGACCGUUUGUGCCAUGGAGACAAUUUGCUGAGUUCACACUGUGCACAGCAUGGGACUGGACUGACCUGCGGUGUCUCUGGAUAGCCAUUCAAAACCCGGCUUACUUGGGGAAGCACUUGCCACAAGGAAUCUGGCAAGACACAUUCGUUGUCCUUCGCUUGCCAGGCUUACGAGGGAAUACAGCCAUGGCCACGGUAAGCGGAGGACGACUGCUGCUCCUUUUGUUCGCCUUCACUGCCGUGUGUGCCAUAGCCAGCGGCGGCUCCGUGCAUCACCUUAGAGGGGAUGAGGACGGCGGAGGACGGCGGUCAUUGCAAGGAGGCACGGAAAUCAACGUUUGCAAGAGCCCGACUUGUCGCUAUAGCAGUGUGCAAGCCGCACUCGAUUCGUUGCCCAAGAAACGUUCGGAGCGAUGGACGAUCAGGAUCGGCGAUGGCACUUAUAGGGAGAAAGUCAUUUUUAAGAAGCAAUACUCGAAUCUGAAUGUCAUUGGAAACACCAUGGACCCCUCGAAGGUUGUGAUCAUUAAGAACGACCGUGCGGGGACAGUCGGCCCCAGUGGGGAGAAGCUGAGGACCAUCGGAUCUGCCACAGUUGGGAUCAGCGCGUCGAAUAUCCUAUUUCAGGGCAUAAGUUUUGUCAAUGAUGCCCCCCGUCCCACUCCCGGGACUACCGAUGGCCAAGCGGUCGCCCUGCGUGCCGGAGGCUUUAAUCUGCAGUUUUACAACUGUCGUUUCCAGGGGUUCCAGGACACUUUGUAUGCUCACAAGGGGCUUCAUUUCUUCAAGAACUGCUACAUUGAGGGGACCGUCGAUUUCAUCUUCGGUUAUGGGUUGACGCAGUUCGAGGACUGCUAUAUCAACAACCUGCCCAAUGCUUUCACCGUAACAGCGCAGAGCAGGAAAGCGAGGUCGGAGAACAACGGGUUCCUAUUUCUCCGCGGAACGGUCGCCGGGUCUGGCGGUGCUCUCCUCGGCAGAGCAUGGGGAGCCUUUUCCACGGUUUGGUUCGUCCAGACCAAUCUCCAGGCCUCCAUCGACCCCAAGGGAUGGGAUGACUUCCGCGACCCCGCUAGACAAGCAACAGUGGACUAUGCGGAGUAUGGGUGCACAGGAGCAGGCGCUGACAGGAGCAGAAGAGUCACGUACUCUCGUGCGCUCUCGGCCGCCGAUGUCCAGCCGUAUCUGGACGGCAGCCGUAAAUGGAUCAACGGAGGAUCCUGGGUCCAGGUUCCCAACCCAUUGCCUGGAGUGCCCACAAGCUAGCUGGCGCAGAAAUGGUUCAAUGUACAAGGUGUUUAAAUAUAUACAGUAAAAAAAAAAGCGAUGAAAAAGUAGAUCGGGGUGUUUUGUAGUAUUUUAUACAUUGAGAGAGAAAAAAAAUGUUACGUUUUUUGUUUUUUUUUAGAAAAAAAGGCAACUUUGGAAGUGGUGAUUGGGGCAGCAGCAGCAGAUGCAGUGAAACCAUCGCUGGCUGAGAUAAAUUUCCAACCUUUUUUGCUAGUUAGUUAAUGGUUAGCUAGUGAUCCGGAAAGUUUUUUUUUUAAAUCGGGUGGGGCCGGCUUGUGGGGAAUCUGAGGGGAUGGGAUUUGCGGUGGAUGGAAGAGAAAUAACCACAUUAGCUUGUCCAACGAUGUGUCAGGUGGAUUUCUGAAAAGUGGCAAUUGUUGUCAUUAGGAGUCAUUGUGUUGUGUUGAAGUUGUGGUUAACUCUCAAGGCUCUCAAAGUAUAAAUAAAUGAUCAAUGCAUUUUUUGGGAAAGGCGGCUUUUUUCCCCCUUUCUUUUUUUCUUUUUCUUUUUUUUUUUACAAAGAAGAGCAGUUUGGCUGUGGUAAUGAUGUGUGUGUGAUUUGAUGGGAGCUGGCUUCCCCCUCACAAGAAAAAAAAAAAGGAAAUAAAUACAAAUAAUGACU